GCCACAGCGGCCUCCGCGCGGACAAAAUGUCGGCGGGCGGCAGCGGCGGGGCCCGGCCGGCCGGGGACACGCCCGGGGUGCGGAGAGCGGCCCCCCCGCCGCCCGCGGGGCCCGGCGCGCUGAGCGGAGCCUGGCUGGCCAAGGAGGAGCAGUACAAGCGACUGAAUGCAGAAUUAGAAGCCAAAACAGAAAAACUGGUGCGUCAGGCUGAAGAGCUGAUGAAAGGCCAACAGAAGAUACUAUCUCGACCAGUUUCAGUACAGUCUAAGUCACCUGAAGAUGACAGACAGAGAGAUCCACUCUUCCACUCCAGUCCUGAAGCUUCAUCUCCUACACACUCACAUGCCAAGGUAGCAAGCAAGAAGAAAUGUGUUGCUGCACCCACAGAUCAGAACAGACAGUACUCUGGAAGUAAGGGAAAAAGAACAACUUCAAGUUCAAAAAUGAGAAACAUGGAAGUGCAAAGUGCUGAUGGUGUUGCAGUACUGGAAGAUUGCAUAGGUUUUUCUUUAACAAAAGCAAUAAGCAAAGUUGAAGAAAAACUAAAGAAAGGAGUCUUACCAGAUUGUCCAGAUGAUGAUAUUAUUCCAAGUGUUGGAAACGAAAUGGGAGCAGAAGCUCAAAUCAGAUUUCUGAAGGCAAAGUUACGUGUUACACAGGAAGACCUGGCAAGUGUAGUGUUUGAAUGCAAGAAGAAGGAUGAUCAAAAUCAGAAUUUAGAAACUCGGCUUAAAGAUACUGAAGAGGAAAACACGAGACUGCAGCGAACAAUCAGCGUGCAGCAGAGUCAGACUGAGAAGUACAAAAUGUUGUCACAGGAAGCAAACAAAAAAAGUGAAGGGUUACAACAAGAAGUCAUUGCACUAGAAAAGGAACUGGAGAACCUAAAGCGGGUACAAAAGCAGGCCACAGCCAGUCAGAGUGCCACAGAGGUUCGACUGAACAGGGCCCUGGAGGAGGUGGAAAGGUAUAAAGUGGAGCUGAACAAACUGAAGCAAAGCAACAAGGAUGUAGCUAACCAAGAACUCAAAACAAUUGAAGAAUUAAAAACAGAAAACAAGAAACUGCAGAAACAAAAAGGAGAGCUAAUUACAGGCUUUAAAAAGCAGUUAAAGUUAAUUGAUAUUUUGAAGAGACAAAAGAUGCACAUUGAAGCUACCAAGAUGCUUUCUUUUACUGAAGAGGAAUUCAUGAAAGCUCUUGAGUGGGGAAAUUAUUGAUUCCAUUAAAAAACAGCUUCUGUUUGAAAGACAACUCAGAUGGUACAUUAUUUUGGGACUGUAUAUGAAUCCUUGUUAAUAGUCAAUAACUGUAUAUCCCAGCAAAUUGAUUUUGUUGAUUUUGCUUAUGUUUAAAUUGUUUAACUUUUGUAAGCCUGACAGCUUGGGUUGUAAUGUUGUAUGAAAUACAAAUUUCUACUGCAGUGUCAGGCCAAACUGUCCAUUCUGUAACUAGCAGAGAAGCACAGACCGUGCAAGGAAUAGUCCAACAAGUGAACUUUGUUAAUCAGUUUGCUCUGUUUUAGCAUUUAAAACAAUACCUUAUCUAUGGUAAUAUUCAGUCCAAAGAAGGCAGGAUUUAGUCUCAGAAAAUUCCUUGUUGCAACAGAAAUAAAUUAACCAGUGAUCCAGUUGAGAAGAAAAUGUCACGUCCUUUUUAAAACACGUGGUUGGAAAAUUGGCCUUGUCUGUUCUCUGUAACAGAUCUCCCCUCAAAGCUGGUUGGUCUGGCAUCUAAUUUAAGCACCAACAGCUCUUUUAUAGAAAUGAUCAUAACUUGUUUUAGUCAUUACAUCUUCCCCCCUGGCUGGCAUAACCACACAUGAGACUUGCCCCUCACUGCCCAGACAGACUCCUUUAGUCAAGGUGAAAAUAUUAAACCUUUCCCUGGCCAUCAGCUGCUGCUUGGGGAUAAGUCAGGAGCUGUGACUAUUCACAGGUGCUCUACAAGCACCAGUCAUCACUGUAAUCAAGAACUAGGUAAAAGAUUAAGGGUAGAUGAGCUGAGCAUACCAUGUGUACACUAAUGAACAGGAGCAAUACAGGCCUGUGCUGCUUCCAUGAACCUCUGUGAGACCUCAGUGAUUCCAAUGGAUUCCUCCCUCAGGGGAGGUGAAUAGGAACAUGGCACAAAAAGUCAGUUUAUGCACUGAAAGGUACAAACAGUGGUUCUGACCUCAGAAUGGAACAAUGUCUCUGCCUUAGAUCUACCAGCAAAGUAUCUCAGAUCUACCACUUUGAGGAGGAUUAGGAUCAUAGUGUAGUGCCAGUACAGCCAAAUCUUCCCAUUCCCCCCAGAACUAGUGCAUGAAGAGAAUCCUGUAGUCCAUAUUGGAAUACAUGUGUGCAUUUACACCAGCUUGGUUUCUGCUGUGCUGCUGGAGAAAACAUUUCUAACAUUGCUACACCACUGAGAACUGAGAACUCAGAACAGUUUAUUGAUGAAAAAUGUGCAGCACACAUCUAUAUAAAACUAACUGCUCAUCAGCUGAGAACUUUGGUCUUAAAAUGGAGACUUUUAAUGGUGUUAAAAAGGAGUUCCUCACUGUUAACAGCAAAUGGAAGUUUUCAUUGGGAAUCAGCUGACACCUAGUGGCAAAGCAGGAGCUGAGCUGGGGAAAGGUUCAGCUCUCUUCUGAUAAUUCAUUACCUCUUCUCUGCUGGUAAGCCAACCUAAAAUCUUCUCCAAGCAUGUUAAUGUCAUUUUCAUCUUUGAGUAUCCCCUGCAGUAAUGGGAAAGAAACACACAUCAGAAGGGAAAACAAAGUAGAGAGAUUUCUAUGGAUCUCUGCAAUUUUCCAUCAAGAGAAUGGAUAGUUUGUAUCCGUAAUACCGUUGUUACCUUUAAAACAAACCUGAAACUCAAGCCUGAAAGGCAUCACAAAACUUGAACAGAUAAGUUACAAAGUGGUGUAGCUGGUGCCAACCUAAAGCCACUCCUUUUGUUCUGCACGCACAAGCACUACCAGAAGACAACACUGAGCUGCAUUCUCUUUCUCACAGAAGUGGUAACACCCAGCACAGCAGGUGCAGCUUUAGUAAAAAUUAAGAAACUGCAGUGAAAAGAGGCCCUGGCUGGGCUGGGGCUCUGUCUUCCCCUUUAGCUGUGUUGAAUUAGCUCCUACAAAGGAAUAACUUGGUAAAUAAACUGAUACUGGACAACUUAAUCAAAAACUAUUUUUUUGGGGAAGGGAGCAGGGGAACCCAGAAAUCUAAAUUUACAAUUAAUUCUAAAUUAAUUUUACAGCUAAAAAUAUGCAUGACCCACAGAGCAUACCUUGCAGCAUUUAGAAAAGAAAAAAAAUACAAACUGCAUUUAUAUUGGAAAGUUUCAAAUUUGGUAGCACUUUGCUGUUGAACCAUUUUGAGUGAAGUAACGUGAUGUAGGAGCACCCGAGUCAGACACAGUAAACAAAGCAGGACAUCAUUCGUGGCACACGGGUGAGCCCUGAACACUGACACUGCCAAGGCUUCCUACAACAGCAAAUUCAAACCAGAAAAGUAUAUUCAAAAUGUUUCCAAUAUGAGUUAUCCUUUAAUCUACAUUAAAGAACAACUCACUCCAGAUGUUACAAAUUCCUGCACCAAUUAUCAUAUUAAUGUUUGAAUAAAAAUUAUACUCUGUUCUAUUUA